GACAAAAUAUCUGUUCGUAAAAAGCUCUGUAAAGAAGACUAUAAUAUUUAUCACUGGGCGAAAGGCGCUCUGGCCAGCCAAUUAGGAAACGCAGGCGGAUUCUCGACGGAGGAAGAGAAAUGGCGUCCUGGAAUUCGGUUCCGCUAGAAAUCACAUACGAAACUUUUGGAUGGAUCGCCUUCUUUUCUUGGUCUAUCAGUUUCUACCCGCAAGUUAUCUUGAAUUUCCGCCGGAAAAGUGUGGUGGGUUUGAACUUCGAUUUCAUGGUGUUGAAUUUGACCAAGCACUCCUCUUACUUGAUUUACAACGCUUCUCUUUUCUUCAGCUCUGCUAUUCAGAAGCAGUAUUUCGAAAAGUAUGGUCAUGAACAGAUGAUACCUGUAGCUGCAAAUGAUGUUGCCUUUUCAAUACAUGCUGUUCUGUUGACAGCAAUUAUGCUGUUCCAAAUUGCAAUCUAUGAUCGUGGCAAUCAAAAGGUCUCUAAGAUUGCUAUAGCUAUUGUCUGUGCUGUGUGGCUAGUUGCAGCUGUUUGUUUUUUCAUAGCUUUGCCUAGCCACUCUUGGUUGUGGCUGAUCUCCAUCUUUAACUCAAUUCAAGUUUUUAUGACAGUAAUCAAGUACAUUCCCCAGGCAGUAAUGAACUUCAUUCGAAAGAGCACUGACGGCUUCAGCAUUGGAAGCAUUUUGCUUGAUUUUAUUGGAGGGGUGACAAAUUAUGCGCAAAUGGCUGUGCAGUCUAUAGACCAAAAUUCUUGGGUAAACUUUUAUGGCAACAUAGGGAAGACAUUGAUAUCUUUGGUCUCUAUAUUCUUUGACCUUCUUUUCAUGUGUCAACAUUAUAUCUUAUAUCCUGCCAAGAAAGCUCACAUCCCUCCCAAGCCAAAUAAAGAGGGGGCAGAGCCGCUUAUUAAGUCUUCCGAUGACCCACUGUCAGAAAAUGUUUAAAGAUUAGCUUGGGCGAUAACAUUAGAAAGAAACAUAUACAUUUGUGUAAAGAUAGUCUAUAUUUGCCUGUUGUGCAAGAAGAAUGCAUCCAUAAGCAGUAUAUUGUAAGUAGCUGAAAGAUAAAGCAUUUGUAUACAUGUAAAGAGCUAUUCAUUCCAUAAGUAAUUUAAAGCUUUUGUUUUAGUCA